AUGGCAACAGAAACCUCCCUCUUCGACACCUACCACGACAAAGUCCACUGCCGCUACCCCUUUCUCCGCCUCGGCGGCUUCCGCAACCCAGCAAGGCGGCCGAAAGAAGCGUGGGCGUCCUACUUCACCAACAUGAUCUUCUCCAUCGGCCUCCUCCUCGAGAAGCCUUCCCGUCACCAUGUCUAUCAGGAGUGCCUCUCCCCUCCUAGACACAAUCACACCCACCAAACCCACCAAGCCCUCUACCGCCUCGCCGUGACAAAAUACCUCUCCCACGUCUUUGCCCUCCCAGACCGCCUCCUCCACAUCCAGGCCUACCUCCUCCUCGCCAUGCACGCGAUAUACUCCCCCUCCACGGAACGCAUCAUCUCCAUCGCCUCGGCGACGAUGCGCUACUGCGUCAUGGCCCAGCUCCACCUCGCCGACGCAGAACCGCACAUCUCUCCUUCCGCUCCCUCUCUAGAGACCGCGGCAACAAAGCUCAGAAUCCAAAUGCGCCGCCGUGUCUUCUGGUCGGCCUACACCCUUGACCGCGCCGUCGGCACAACAUACGACCUUCCCUUUCUGUUCCAGACUACCAAAUCACGGUCAAACUACCGAUAUCACCACCCGCGUGGCCAGACAAGCGUCUCGGCUGCCUUGCAUGUGGUCUACUGCCGCCAGAUCCAAUCCGAGAUCCUCAACACGACCCUCCACCGCGACUUUUCGACGCACUUUGACGACGUCCCCCACUGGCGUCUCCGCGUCCUCGACAAGCUGGACCGCUGGCGCGCUCUUUGUCACCGGUACGCCGAUGCAGACGCAGACGCAGACGCAGACGCAGACGCAGACGCAGACGCAGACGGCACCUCCGGAGGUCCGGGCUCACACUCCAGCUCCGGCACCGGCACCGGAUCAAGCACCCAUCUCCAUUCCCGCACUCGCUCCCGCUCCCGCACCUUCACCCACCCAGAAUGGCUCCACAUGAUCUACAACUACUCCCUCGCAAUGCUCCACCAACCAACCCGCUCCACGGCCGACGGCCCAGCAGGCGACUGGACCGUAAAGUCCUGCAUCCAAGCCUGCCUCAUCUUUCGCAAGUUCCAGCGCCGCGGCCACGACCACCACCACGCGCCCAUUGCGGAACUCUGGCUAGGCCUCGUGGCGCAAUUCAAAUGCGGCGUCGCGCUGCUCUACUGCUUCUUCGCCACGCCACCGGCGUUGCGUACAGCGACCUAUGCGGCGCCCGAGGCUGCCGAAGCCGUGAGGGCGUGUAGCGUCGUUCUCUCGAUCCUGGCGGAGCGGUGGCCGCAGAGCGUUUGUCUUGGGGAUGCGUUUGACAUCUUGGCGAGGGAGGUGCCGCUGUUUGAGUUUAGUAGUACACCUACCAAGGUAGUGGGCAGAGCAGCAGACACAGCAGGAGCAGUGGCAGGUCCGCGUAAGAUGAGGUCCGAGUCAGCGGAUGCGCUGAUGGCGAUGAUGGGACAGCUCGAGAUCAUUGUGGUGCACCGUAACACGCUCCGCAUGAUUCGGGAGAUGGCGCUGGACGAGUUUCCCCGUCCCCCCUCGUCGGCUGGUAUAGAGUCUCAGGCUCAAGCAGAAGAGUUUCCAGCCAACGCCACAGCGGCAGCAGCAACGGCUCAGCUCGGCGAAGAGGACUCGCCUUCUUGUGCGCGGACGAGCAUCACAGGUGACAUGUUCCAGCCCAUGACGCCUCACUUCUUCCGGUCAAGCUUAGCCGGUCUCGAGGCUGAGGGAUUCGAUCUCUCUGCGCUCGGGUUCCCUGGUGACUUUGAUCUGCUAGACGCUUGA